AUGAUGAUGACGAAGAAGAUGAUGAAGAAAGCUAAGGCGAGAGCCAGGCUCGGUUCAGUCGAAUCAGUAGAGGCGGCAGGGGCAUACGGAGAACCAGUAGCGGAGGUUCACCAUGAGCCAGUGGCCGAAACAUACGAAGAAACAGAGCCAGCUGUCGAAACAUACGGCGAACCAGCACCAGUGGCCGAAGUAUACGGCGACCCAGCACCAACGGCCGAAGUAUACGAAGAACCAGAGCCACCGGCCGAGGCAUACGAAGAACAAGAGCCACCGGCUGAGGCAUACGAAGAACAAGAGCCAGAGGUAUACCAUGAGUCAGGUCAAGACCAACCUGAAGAGCAGGUUGUGAAGUUCCUUGUAUCGUCGAGACACCUAGCAUUAGCAUCGAGGUACUUCUUCGCUAAGCUCUCUGGCCCGUGGAUGGAAGCUUCAGUCAAGCAUAUUGAUGGCUGCUAUCACAUGGACGCAUCCGAUUGGGACUCCGAUGCGCUCCUAAUACUAAUGCAAGUCAUUCAUGGAAAGACCAGAAGUGUGCCCCGCCGCAUGAACCUCGAGAUGUUGGCGAAGCUGGCGGUCCUUGUGGACUACUAUGAUUGCCACGAAGUCAUUGAGGUUUACUGCCCUGUGUGGAUUGAGUCUUUGAGAGACACACUGCCAGCUGAAUACGGCAGAGACGUGAUUCUCUGGCUCCUCAUAUCGUGUGUCUUUGAGCAAGAUGGCAUCUUCCAACAAAUGACACAAGUGGCGGUAUCGAAGAGCGACGACCCUAUCCGAACCAUGGAACUUCCAAUCCCCUCAACCGUAGUUGAUAUGAUAGACUGGCGGAGACAAGUCGCAGUCGAGUUUAUGUUGGAAGUGCUUCAGAAACUCCUUCGUGCAUUCCGAAACGAAACAGCUGGUUGCAGCUUUGAAUGCAGCAGUAUCCUCUUAGGAGCUCUCACAAAAGAAAUGGACAAGCACAGACUACUCGAUCCUAAGCCCGCUAGUCCUUACUCGGGAUACUCCAUUGCUGGCACGGAGAAGACCAUACGUAACUUCCGCUCUCCACAGUGGAGUAGCGAGUUCAACUAUUACUCGACAAAGCAUCGAUGCACUCUUGUUAGCAUGAUAGAUUGUCAUCUCAAUGGCGAGUUCGACAAGAGCAUACAGGGCUUCGAGCUUUCCGAAAUUCUUUGGAAAGGGAAGAGCGGGAAGAAGAGGCGUGAACAGUACAAAGCGACACUAUUUGCUCAGUUGCAAUAG